AAGACUGAACGAGGUCAAAUGGGCGGGGCAUGACGCAUAUUGGGUUGUUUAAGACGGAACGCAACAAGGCUGACAAUUUGCAUUAGCUUGUUGGUGUUCUUGCAUUUCUUCAACAAAUACAGACUUCACAAGUGGCCGGAGUCAAACAAACCGCUGGUCAUCAUGGUACUGGACGGAUGUGGCCUCGUCUGCAAAUACAUCCUCUUCAUUUUCAACCUCAUCUUCGCGGUGUUGGGGUUUGUCUUCCUGGGUCUUGGACUCUGGCUGCGGUUUAGCGAUGGCACCAGAGGCAUCUUCAAAGUAGAAGCCCUCAACUCCAGUGCAUUUGUUGCCGCUGUGACGGUGCUGAUAGUUCUCGGGCUAGUGAUGCUGAUCAUGGUGUCGUUCGGAGACUACGGUGCCUGCAGUGAGAAAAAAUGUGCUCUGCAAGUGUUCUCCAUCAUUGUGUCCAUUAUGGCUGGAGCUGAAAUUGCUGUUGGAAUUCUUGCUUAUUCCAACAGGACUUGGGUUGGGCUGAAGCUUGUGGAGUUCUACACUAGCAUGUACACUCUGUAUUUGAGUAAUGCAGACCCAGUCAUUGGUGUAACUCUCACAUUCAUCCACAAGACACUUCACUGCUGUGGAGUGACAGGAAUCCCCUUGAUAGAGCUGACUCAACACACCUGUCCCGCACCAGAUGGGUUCUUUGAACGUUUCUCCAUGUCUAACUGUCCUGGGCUCAUCGUAGACGUCUUUGACAGAAAAGCACAACUAGUGAUGGGCGUCUUUCUUGGAAUUGGAGCUCUUCUGAUCAUAGCUCUGAUUUGCAGCACAACCCUCAGUAAAAAGAUGCGUCAGUCUGCCUCAUCUCCUCAGUACCUCAUCCUGACUCAGCCUCAAACAUCCCAAUUUGUCUCCACCUCCUACCCCAACCCUGACAAUGACCCAGUCGUCUUCACCCCUCUCACUAUGGCUAACAUCCCCAUAGCUUAGUGCACUCGCACCGUUUCACUCUGUCUCUCUCGCUCCAGUCUCUUCACUGCUGAACAUGUUCAGCUUUUCUCUGCAAUGGCAUCUUAUUAAGCUAAUCAUUUUGCACACAUUUUCAGCAAUUGUGUCAUUUAUUUAGUGUUUAUUUGGAAGGGGUGAUGUAUGGCACAGUACUAGUCCCUGGGUGGAGGAGUGAUGCGCAGGUUACAGAGAUCAGAAAUACAUACAGAUAGAGAUUAAAACCCCUAUGUUCAGUUAAAUUAAAAAAUAAAUUCCUCUCAACUUCACCAACAGGAAGCUGCUUUAGUGUCAACAUUUUGCCUUUAAUCUCACAGGCUUCUUGGUAGCAGGAGCUUGUAUGUGCAACCUCUUUCUCUCUCACACUAAUUCAUUCUGUGGCUGGUUUAAUCCUGGGGGUGAUAAGGAGGAGUAAGCAGGCUGUUCACCGCACAGCUCUUUGUCCCAUCCCUGCUUUUUUACUCCCCCCUCCACCUUCUGUGUGUGCACGACAGAUUAUUGCCAUGGUCUGCUCCUGUGUCCUCCUGAAAGAGCUCAAGAAAAGCCAACAGGCGAUCACUGCAUACUAUUCGACUGUAUACUAAGAAGAGCUAUCCGUUUCCAACCCAUAACCUCAUGAAUGAAGACCAUCGCUGGAAUUCAGGCUGAAUCAGCAAAUACAGGUUUACGUGGACGACCGAUCACUACUAGUGUUCAAAUUUUUUUAUACCCUAAAACAUUACAUUGUGCUAAUAAUUUGACCCAAGAAACAAAUACGACUGUUAAGAGCUGUUUACAGCCAUCGAUAUUAUCGUACAGUACUCCUAGUGAAACGGACGUUGCUUAUAAUUGGCUAUUUUUCAUCGUAGCCGAAACUGUCAUAGUUAGACAGCACGUGCUUCUUAGCCUGACAGGCUGGGCAUUGUGGGCAUACAAUACGUAAUCUGUGGAGACUUGUUUUAAAACUCCCGUGUGUGGUGCACAUUUGAGUAGUUAUGUUGUACAAUGACAGCAGCUCUUUAACACACUGAGUUAUGUGCGUUUGUCUGUUUGCUUAGAGUUAAACACUCACUGAGCCACUGAUGAUUUAUGUAUACAUGCUAAAAAGGGAUCAUUUUCUUUCAAAUACAUUUAAACUAUUACAUAAGCUCUUAGGUCAAAUGACAGCAGGUGACACGUUUUCAAAAAGGUGUUGCCCUGAGUCGUAAUCUGCAUCACCACACCAGCCAAUAAAUGUGUCAGGGUGAUGACUAACUAGCUUCACGUUCUUGUUACCAAUUCAUUUCUGUACUAUAGAAUUUAACAAUGGCUAUCAUUCCUUUACUAUACUUAGAUAAAAACUACAGUUCAUUUCUUUCUAUUCAUGCAUCUUCUUAAGUGGUACAGAAAUAUUCUGCAUGCUUUACUCAGCCAUCAGGUUUUAUUAAACUGAUUGUAUAAACAUUUCAAGUGUUGUUGCUUUAGAGCUUUCCUGUAAACACUGGUUUGAACCUGAGGGAAACACUUUGCCAUUAAUGGACUCAAUAGUUAAACCUUUUCAGUCCCUAAUGUUCCUGUUCCAGCCAAAAGCUUCUGUGACCAAAUAAAAGUACAAGUGUCUUGUUUGAAAAGAAAACAGCUGAAUGCCUAGAAUUGCUUGAAUUCUCUGUAGUACUAUUUCAUUGCACUAUAUAGUUGUACUAUUAUGUUGCACUAUAUUGCUUACCAUUUUAAAAAAUAAAUAAAUAUUAACAGAGGACAUUUCCCUCUUUUUCACAAA